CUCGAACAAUGAGACGCCUUGCCCUGGUGACUGGCGGAAGCCGCGGCAUUGGCCUUGCAGUCGCACGCCAGCUCCACGGGGACGGAUGGAUGGUUGCGCUAACUUCACGAAGCGCUGAACGAGCAAUGGAGGCGGCGGCGACUAUUUCACCGGAAGUGUUGGGCGUCGCAUACGAUGCAUGUGAACCUGGUAGUGCGGACCGCGCGGUGAAAGAAAUCACAGCGCUGGCUGGCCAUCCGAUCACAGGACUCGUGAAUGCUGCAGGCGAAACUCACAACUCGUUGCUCGUGCGACUCCAGGAAGGGGAUGCUCAGAACAUGAUGCAAACGAAUUUGUUGGGUCCUCUGUUCAUGAGCAAGGCCGUGGCACGAGGCAUGCUCCAACAAAAGCAAGGUAGCAUCGUCACCCUUGGGAGUGUGGUCGGGAGUAAGGGGAACGUCGGGCAAGCUGCGUACAGCGCCGCGAAGGCGGGCCUCGUUGGCCUCACUACAUCUCUCGCAAAGGAACUCGGGCCGAAGAAUAUCCGUGUGAACCUUGUCGAACCUGGUUUCAUCGCCACUGACAUGACAGCUUCAAGCAUGAGCGACGACGCUCGCCAAAAGACUGUAAACCAAAUCGUGAUGCGCCGAUUGGGCCAACCAGACGACGUCGCACACAUGGUGUCUUACCUCUUGAGCGACAAGGCAUCGUACGUCACUGGUCAAGUGUUUCGGGUCGAUGGAGGGCUCGUGCUGUAGGUAGGAUGUCCAUGUCCAAUGGGAAAAUCCUGCGGCGUGCUCGUUGACAUUGUCGCUGUGUUGGAUUGCGUCCGACCGGGACACCCUCACGGCGUUUAUCCCACAGCGAGACGCAUUGCGUCCCUGGCCCUUCGCGCGGUGUCCGAUAGUCCGUGUGCAUGCUCCGCGGGACCCUCGCGCCGCCCGCCUAUGCGGGAAGAUUACUCACAUAGUGAUGUUUCGCUCGC